CGCUUCAAUAUGGCCGACUGCCGCCGACAGUGAAGCUACGGCAAGAUAUGAUUAUACUUGUGAUCCGUGAUAUUUUCGAAGGAUUAUUCGCGCGGUGUGAAGACAGAAACUGGCAACGAUGAACAUGUCCGUGGAGAAGAAGAAGUACCCCUCGGCGUUGCCGAUCAAUUGGCCCGCGAGGGAGGAACCGGCGAGGAAGAGCCAGAAUCAGUUGGCGUCCACGGGGAAGGUUGAUUAUUAUUACAACCGCGGCGUCAGGAACGACGCGUCGCUGGUGCCGCCGAUCAGGCAGACGGCGUCGAUUUUCAAGCAGCCGGUGACGAUCUACAAGACGCAGGAGGGGAAGGUGAAGGAUGUCAAACACGGCUCGCAGGAGAAGCCGAAGCAGGAAGGAGCCGAUAAAACUGACGGCAAGUAUGGCUCCCAAGAUAAGCCUAAGCAGCUUUUCUGGGAAAAACGUUUGGAAGGUCUGCGAGCGUGCGAUCCCGACGGUUAUGAAUUUGACGCGAUGGACUUGCCAAAGAACUUGAAGCCAGUAGGACCAUAUAUCACGGAAGAAACGUUGCUCCAGAGCGUGGCCACCGCAUUACACGUAUCCACCCAGCCAGUCACCGGACAGACGGGCUCGAAGACGGCUUUAGAGAAGAAUCCCGGGGUAUUUCUCAAUCCUGAUCAGCCACUUGUACAGGCGGUCUCGAUAGCGGAUGAGGAUAUAAGGAGGCAAGAAGACCGUGUGGCCAUCGCGAGAAAAAAAUUACAAGAUGCCCUACGUGGUCUUCAAACCUAAGUUAUAGAGACUUUAUGCAUAUUAUCACUUGCUCAUCUUUUAGUUUUAAGUUCGUUAUAAAUUAUAUUAAUUAUCACACCACUUUUUGUAAUAAAUGUUUUUAUAAAAAAAAAGGAGAGAAAUGAGGAAAAAUGGGAAUCUAAUGGAAGAAUUAAGAUAGAAGAAUUUAUAUUUAAAGCAUGAUAUUGACUGACUAUUUUGAAAUAUAUUUUAACGAAAUCGAGACGGAAUAAAUUCGAUAGUGCAAAA